CUACCGCACAUCUCCAACGACUCCAACAUCCAAAAAGUACCCUGGUCUUCCGUUUUCAAAACUCUCGUCAUUAUCUUCGAUCGGACUUAAGGCGCCUGGCUCAGCAGCCUCGAACAAGACCGACACGAUGAAUAUAAUUGAAUCCGUAUUCGGGCGUUACAAAAGCCCAGCCGAACGGAUGCGUGAGCAUCAACGCUCAUUACAGAAAGCUCAACGAGAAUUAGAUCGAGAGAGGACAAAGUUAGAAGCUCAAGAAAAGAAGUUGAUCAUUGAUAUUAAAGCGAAUGCUAAAAAAGGACAAAUGAACUCGUGUAAGGUGAUGGCAAGGGAUCUAGUUCGAACGCGCCGUUAUAUAUCAAAAUUCUAUGCGAUGAGAACGCAGCUGCAAGCUGUAGGUCUACGACUUCAGACGAUGAGGAGCAAUCAACAAAUGGCUGAAGCUAUGAAAGGUGCAACUCGGGCGAUGGGUAUGAUGAGUCGAACAAUGAACCUACCACAAAUUCAAAAAAUAUUGAUGGAUUUUGAGAAAGAAAGCAGUAUGAUGGAUAUGAAAGAGGAAAUGAUGAAUGAUGCAGUCGAUGACGCGAUGGAAGAUAAUGAGGACGAAACAGAAGAGGAAGAGGGACAGAAGAUCUUGCAAGAAGUCUUGGAUGACAUUGGUAUCAACUUGAGUCAAAAGCUGGGAGACGCUCCGACCGGCUUGGAGACUUCUAAUGCAAUACCCGAGACUCGACAGCCAGUGGCCAUUGGCGAGUCCUCUGGCUCUGGUCCUCCCCCCACGAGUAAGGCUCCAGCAUCAGAAAUGGACGAAUUCUCGGCCAGACUAGCGUCUUUACGAAAGGAUUAGGGCCAUUUUUUUGCCUUUGACCCAUUAACAUCUUUUCCUCCCUUUCUAUCGACAUUCAUCGUUCAUCUCCUCAAGCUCUGCUCGCAACACACCUUUGUACUUCAUAGCCCUGUGAACUGAAGCCUUAACAUCAUGUAUAUGAGUCACGCGGCAUGCGUCUGUCUUGAAUUCUUAAUGUAUAUAUCUCGAGAAAAAUAUCAUGCGUAUUAUACGAUAGGUUUCGG